CAGUACAAAGUAGAAACACAGCACUGGAAUCUGGAUACAUGUAUGUACACUCGCACACCACAUCAACGGAUUACGGAUACGGAUACAGAUACGUAUAUAUCACCGACUCCCUCAAAUCUAUCCAUCCACAAAUACUUUGAUUGCAUACCAAGUUAUUCCCCUUUUCUCUUUCUCCCGCCUCGCUUCUUCUUCCCGCGUUUUGUCUUUUCAUCCAUUCUUCCCAGUCCCAGAUACCCAAGAUAAUUUAAUUCCUGAAGAUGGGGGGAAGUGCAAUUUAUGAUGAUUGGGAGUUUGCCUCUCCUGUUCGUACUGUAGUUUUGGUUGGGCGGACAGGUAAUGGGAAAAGUGCAACAGGCAAUAGUAUCCUCCGGAGGAGGUCAUUCAAGUCAAUAUCUAGCUCAGCUGGUGUUACUAGUACUUGUGAGCUGCAGACGACUGUAUUAGAAGACGGCUUGAUUCUUAAUGUCAUUGACACUCCAGGGCUGUUUGAUUUUUCUGCAAAACCUGAAUUUAUUGGGAAGGAAAUUGUUAAAUGCAUCACUAUGGCAAAGGAUGGUAUCCAUGCUGUUCUUGUGGUCCUUUCAGUUAGAUCUCGUUUUUCACGAGAAGAAGAAGCUGCUGUUGAGAGCUUGCGGGAAUUUUUCGGUAGCAAAAUUGGUGAUUAUAUGAUUCUGGUUUUUACUGGUGGUGAUGACCUUGAAGAAAAUGACGAGACUCUAGAUGAUUACUUGGGGCGUGAUUGCCCUGAGCCUUUGAAGGAAACUCUGAGAAUGUGUGGCAACAGAUAUGUUCUUUUUGAUAACAAGACAAAGGAUGAACUCAAGAAAGCUGAACAACUGAAGGAACUUCUUUCCCUUGUCAAUGCUGUUGUAGAUAACAAUGGUGGGAAACCAUAUACAGAUGAGCUAUUUUUUGAACUGAAGGCGGGAGCACUGAAACUGCGUGAUCAAACUGCUGAGGUUAAUUCCUUGGAGGGAUACUCCAAACAGGAGAUAUCCGAAUUGACGGAGCAAUUCAAUAAGUCGUACGAAGAGCAGCUUAAGAGAAUAACUGAGAUGGUUGAAUCGAAGCUCAAGGAGACUACUCAUAGGCUUGAACAACAAUUGGCGGAAGAGCAGGCUGCUCGACUCAAGGCAGAAUCUAUGGCACAAGCUGCUCAAAUGAAAUCAGAUGAUGAAAUACGGAAGCUCAGGGAGCAUUUGGAGAGAGCUCAGAGGGAGACUGAGCAGCUCCGGAAGCAAGCUGAAAGUGGCAGAUGUGUUAUUUUGUAAACCAAAAUUAAGCAUCAUCAUGUAUAGUUUUUUUUCCCUCCCCUACGGAUCUACUCACAAAAUCGAGAAUGCUUGCAUUUGCAACUUCUGUCCUUUUGCAUUCACCCUAUUGAGACGAAGGGUACUGAAAUUAUGGCUUUGUGGUUAAGUUUUUGUUUGACGCUGAAUGUGUAGCUUCCAUGAGUUGCAUAUUGGGAAUUUGUUUGGAGUU